AUGAAGCUGUUCAUUGCUGUCGCCUUCUUUGUCGCCGUCGCAUUCGCUGCACCCCAGCUCGUGCCCGAGGAGAAUGUCGUCCUGGUCAAGGAGACGCCCUCCGACAACAUUGGUGUCGGCGGUUACAACUACGGCUACGAAUUGUCCAACGGUCAAUCGCAUCAGGAAACCGCGGAGGUAAUCAACCAAGGAACCGAGAACGAGGCGCUCGCUGUUCGCGGCAGCUUCACCUGGGUCGACCCGCAGACCAACGUCAGAUACACCGUCAACUAUGUCGCUGACGAGAAUGGUUUCCACCCCGAGGGAGAGCACAUCCCCGCUUGAACUAUAUA